GCUUCAAGGGUUGGUUGGGUAACAACUUGUUGAAUAUUAACGCGAAAAUAAAUUCACACAUGUCUUAUAUCAGGACAGCACCAGAGUGAGGUGAAUCGGCAAAGGUUUGCUUUGAACAAUUUGUGGCUACGAUUUAUCUGAAAAAGACCGUGCUUCCCCGGCUGUUUCGCUUUGCAAUACCAUGUCGUCCGUCAAGAUCGAGUGUGCGGUGAAGGAGAAGAACAAGAUUGGGGAAAGCCCAGUGUGGGAGGAGAAGGAAGGCACUCUUUUGUAUGUGGACGUUUCAGGACAGAAGGUCUGCCGGUGGAACCCUGCUACCAAUCAAAUCCACACCUUGAAAACUGAUCAGUAUGUUGGGUCGGUGGUGCCACGCAGGUCAGGAGGGUAUAUCAUUGGAGUGGGAACCCGCUUCGCUGCAGUGGAUUGGAAGCAGCAGACCAUAACCACCAUUGCUCACGUGGACGAGGGCAAGUCCAACAACAGAUUCAAUGAUGGCAAAGUGGAUCCUGCUGGCAGAUAUUUUGCAGGAACCAUGGCUUUGGAGGUCCGUCCUGCUGAGCUGGAGAGACACCAGGGCUCUCUCUUCACGCUGAACCCCGACCACUCAGUGGUGAAGCACUUUGACAAGGUGGACAUCUCCAAUGGCUUGGACUGGUCAUUGGACCACAAGAUCUUCUACUACAUCGACAGCUUGUCCUUCAAGGUGGAUGCAUUUGACUAUGACAAGAAGACAGGGAACAUCUCUAAUCGCAGGGCUGUCUAUCACCUGGAGAAGGACGAAGGCAUCCCAGAUGGAAUGUGUAUUGACACGGAGGGCAAGCUGUGGGUGGCCUGCUAUAGUGGAGGGAGAGUUCUCCAUAUCGACCCGACGACAGGCAAACGGCUGCGGACUGUGAAGCUGCCUGUGGACAGGACGACCUCGUGCUGCUUCGGGGGGCAGGACUAUUCCGAGCUGUACGUGACCACGGCCUCUGAGGGCAUGGACGAGGACUCGAUGAAGAGGCAGCCUGAAGCCGGAGGGAUCUUCAAGAUCACUGGACUGGGAGCUAAAGGAAUUCCACCCUACUCCUUUUCUGGAUAAUCUCAAUUUCUGUUGUUUCCUUGAAAAAAAAAAACAGCAAACACCAAACACUUUUAAAUAUAACCACAAAAAUAUUUCCAUAACUAGGGUUCAUUAAACAAUACUGUGCAUUGCUUUAAGUAAUUUGUUAGGUAAGAUAUUAAUGUUGCAUUAGAAAGUUCAUUCCCUCUGAUGCAUGGUAUCACGUGGUGAUAUUUGAAAACUGGAAUGUUUAAGGUGUUUGUAAAAACCAACAAAAUAUUUUAACUUGGGCCAGGGGCAGGAACUGAACAAGGGCAUAUUUGACUAACUAGGUAAUUUGGAAGGUUGUAUCAGGGAAACAAAAAAUGGUAAAGUUGAGAAACAGGUUUAGCAAACGAGUGGUGUAUUUUAAUUUACAUUGAAAAUAGUGUCAGGCCAUAAAUUUGAUUUUGUUACAGUUCAGGGUGAGGAUAAUAACAACAAUAAAAAAAUACUGUCUAGUUUCAAAAUGUUUACAAAAUAUUUGCAGAUAUCAACCUAGUCAUUAUGGUAACAGUUUAUUACACAGUAUAUGUCUGGUAACAGAUUUGUUGGAAUAUAACGCGUCAUAUACAGAUCAAUACCAAGCGAAAACAAUACAGAGUGAAUGUAUACAUACUGUUCUAACUUCUUGACAUUAAAAUCAGUAAAUGUUU